AUGGCGGAACGCUACAUUCCCGAGCACCGCCGCACAAACUUCAAAGCAAAGAGCACCUUCAAGCCCGACGAGCUUCGUCGACGCCGCGAAGAGCAGCAAGUCGAGAUCCGGAAGCAGAAGCGAGAGGAGAAUCUUGCCAAGAGACGUGGGAUUGGCAGUCGCAGCGAUGGUGCCCCUGGUGCUUCGCUGGGUGCCGCGCCCGACAGCGACGAUGAGGGUGCCAAUACGGAGACACAGCUGAACGAAGACCUCCCCCUCAUGGUCCAAGGUGUCUUCUCCGACAAGAUCGAAGACCAAAUCGCCGCCACCACCAAGUUCCGAAAACUGCUGUCCAAAGAACGCAACCCUCCCAUCGAGCGUGUCAUCGAGACCGGCGUCGUGGGCCGCUUCGUCGAGUUCCUCCGCUCUCCCCACACCCUCGUUCAAUUCGAGGCUGCCUGGGCUCUGACCAACAUUGCUUCUGGCUCCGCUCAACAAACACAAGUCGUCAUCGAGGCUGGUGCCGUGCCCAUCUUCGUCGAGCUCCUCAGCAGCCCCGAGCCUGAUGUCAGAGAACAAGCGGUAUGGGCACUGGGAAACAUCGCUGGAGACAGCCCUCACUGCAGGGACUUUGUCCUCGCGUCGGGUGCCCUUGCCCCGCUCGUGCGUCUGCUGGGUGAUAGCCGCAAGCUGAGCAUGUUGAGGAAUGCCACGUGGACGCUGAGCAACUUCUGUCGUGGUAAGACCCCGCAGCCAGACUGGAACACUAUUGCCCCGGCCCUGCCCGUCCUUGCCAAGCUGGUGUAUUCUCUCGAUGACGAGGUUCUGAUCGAUGCCUGCUGGGCCAUCUCCUACCUGUCCGAUGGCUCCAACGACAAGAUCCAAGCCGUCAUCGAAGCGAACAUUCCUCGUCGACUGGUCGAGCUGCUCAUGCACGCCUCCACUUCCGUCCAAACCCCCGCCCUGCGCUCCGUGGGCAACAUCGUCACCGGCGACGAUGUCCAGACACAACUCAUCAUCAACUGCGGCGCCCUGCCCGCUCUCCUGUCGCUCCUCAGCUCCACUAAGGAUGGCAUCCGUAAGGAGGCGUGCUGGACCAUUUCCAACAUCACUGCCGGCAACAGCACUCAGAUCCAGGCGGUGAUUGAUGCUAACCUCGUCCAACCGCUGAUCCACCUGCUCAGCCACGGUGAUUUCAAGACGCGAAAGGAGGCAUGCUGGGCCAUCUCCAACGCCACCUCCGGCGGUCUGCAAAAGCCCGACCAAAUUCGCUUCUUGGUUUCCAUUGGUGCCAUCCGUCCCCUCUGCGACCUGCUCACCUGCCCCGACAACAAGAUCAUUCAAGUCGCCCUUGAUGGUUUGGAGAACAUCCUCAAGGUCGGCGACAUGGACAAAGAUGCUGCCGAGGGCGGUGCCGAGCCUCCGGUCAACCGCUACGCUCUCUUCAUCGAAGACUGCGGCGGCAUGGAGAAGAUUCACGAUUGCCAGAACAACAGCAACGAAGAGAUCUACAUGAAGGCGUACAGCAUCAUUGAGAAGUACUUCUCGGACGAGGAGGCCGAUGCGGAGGUGGAGUUGGCGCCGCAGCAGGGACAGGACGGACAAUUUGGAUUUGGCCAGCAGCAAGGCCAGCAGAACUUCAACUUUGCCAAUGGAAGUGGUGGAGAUAUGGAGAUGUGA